GGGGGGGGCGGCACCGGGCCGGCGGGGCCGGCGGGAGGAGGCGGCUGCGGCGGCGGCGGCUCAGAAUGUCCCUGGGAGAGGGAGGACUGAUUGGUGCUUGGCCUUUCUCUUGCAACUGCUGACUGUGGUGGUGGAGUUGUUGCAAUGUGAGCUUGCACCCGUGCCCUGGCAAAAUGGGCUGUGGAAAGCAUUGCCUGGGGAGAGCAGCAGAGGAGCUGUGUGUGUGCCUGGGAAACCCCUCCUGAGCUGUGGAGAUCACGUGCAGAAAGCAAGUGCAGCUCCACUUGGAAGGUUGCCUCGGUGCUGCAUCCCCUCCGUGCUGCUGCAAUGAGUGGCAAGUCCUUGCUCCUAAAGGUCAUUCUCCUUGGGGAUGGUGGAGUUGGGAAGAGUUCCCUCAUGAACCGCUACGUCACCAACAAGUUUGACUCGCAGGCUUUCCACACCAUCGGGGUGGAGUUCUUAAACCGGGACCUGGAGGUAGAUGGACGUUUCGUGACCCUCCAGAUUUGGGACACUGCAGGUCAGGAGAGAUUCAAGAGCCUACGAACCCCCUUUUACAGGGGAGCAGACUGCUGCCUGCUCACCUUCAGCGUGGACGACCGCCAGAGCUUUGAGAACCUCAGUAACUGGCAGAAGGAGUUUGUCUAUUAUGCAGAUGUGAAGGACCCUGAACAUUUCCCAUUUGUGGUCCUGGGCAACAAGAUAGAUAAGUUGGAGAGGCAAGUGAGCACGGAGGAGGCUCGGACCUGGUGCCUGGAGAACGGGAACUACCCGUACCUGGAGACCAGCGCCAAGGACGACACCAACGUGGCCGUGGCCUUCGAGGAGGCUGUGCGGCAGGUGCUGGCGGUGGAGGAGCAGCUGGAGCACUGCAUGCUGGGCCACACCAUCGACCUGCACUCCAGCUCCAAGGAGGGAUCUUCCUGUUGUUAAGAGCAGCUGGGGCUGGUGGCUGGGUGGCAGAAAGCAGCUCGGCAGGGCUCUGAGGAGAGCGGCCGCAAGGACGAGAGGCGGCUUCCUCGCCGGAGCUUUCAGGUGCUGAGCGUGGAUCUGCAGGAGGGAGCUGUUGGAAGAGUGUGUGAGUAGUCCUGCUUCCAUCUCUGCCUGUCUUAGCAGGUUUCAAGGACUGGAUUAAAGUCCUUUAAAGCCACUAGAGACAGUAGUGAUCUGAUCCGGACCAAGAAGUACUCGUGGAGCGAAGCUGAGCACGCUCUGGACACUCUGAAGUACUGUAGUCCUGAACUCAAACCAAAAUGCUAGACCCACUAAACUCAUCACCUUGCUGCCAAAGGGAAAGUCCUGAAUGAAAGCUGUUGUGGAGACUCCAGCCCCUGUGACUGUGAGAGUGCCUGAGGUGUGUGUGUCUCUGGUCUGGGCUCAGUGCACUGUGUCCCCAGGCUGAGUUGUGCUGAGGGUUGUUAGAGCUCUGACCACGUGCAAAGCAGAGGAGCAUCUGUGUUUGAAUGUGGCAGCAUCACUUCUUUGUAGCUGCCUAGUUCUGGUCUGGUUUUCCUCCCCUCUAGCUUUGCCUUGUAUGAGUGUUACAUUGUGGAGAGCCUGUGUGCUGCUUGUUUGAGAUAUGUCUCCUUGCCUCUUCUGGAGGCUUAACAUCAUUCUCAUACCUUGAAGCCCUGGAUGACAAACACCUCCCUGGGCACUCAUUGGGUUGUGUCACAGAGUUUAGAGUUGCUCAGGAGUUCUGGAGCAUGGAACAUCAGCUGGUUUCUGUCAGGAGGACUUGCCAUGCCCAGCUAAUACCCUCCAGCACACCAGUGGCAAGGUGGGAGGAUGCCCCUGGUGUGCAGGUGGCUGGGAGAGUCCCACAUGGUCAGCUCUUAAAUGCCCUCACUUGGGGUGUGGGGCUGGUGGCCGCUGUGCUUCGUGAGCUGCUGGAUCAGUGUCUUCAGUCGCUGUAGCACCCACGUUGGCCCCUGGAUGCUGCUCACAGAGCCCUUCCCUUUGUGACCUGUCGUGUCAGGUGCAGUGCUGCUGAGCCCUUGUCCCAUGCUCCCUGUCAGGGAAUGCACCACAUCCUAUCUGUAAGCCCUGGGACCAACUUUGCUGGUAGAGGGUGUCCACUUGGCUAAUUGGCCUUUGCUUGUGGCUGCCGUGUUGUCUGCUGGGGAGAGCGAGCUGCACUGGUUCUGUGGCAGUUCUGGGGGCAGGUAUCACCUUCUAGGAAAGGCUUUGCUGAUCUCAGCUCCUGCCCACUGCUAGGUGUUAGUCCCAAGCUGGCUGUGCAGCAGGGGUGAGUGGCUGCUGACUGCUGCCUUUACUGCCAUAGCCUCGUGUCCUACAGCUCCCAGUGCACGCCUUGGCUCACCCACAGCCGUGGCUCUGCCCACGGGGAGAGCUGCCCCCAGUGCCCUUCCCUCAGCUGCUGAUGUACCUCAGAUGGAGCAGCCUGGCCCACUGGAGCAGGGCACUGCCCUCCUGCUGCUUGCUGGCAGCGAAUGCCAUCGCUGGGGCGCCUUGGAGCGUGCAGGGAGCCUCUGGGGGAAGCAGUGCUGAUCCUGCUCUUCUCUGCAGGGCAGCUGCCUGGAGAAGGGGCUGAAGCUUUAAUGCAAAGUGCUUUAGAGGCAUCUGGUUUCUAAAGAGCACUCAUUCACAGGGAGUGCUUGCAGCCUCUGGGAAACCAGGUCCCUUGGGAUGCCAGAAGGCUCUGCCUCCACACCAGGUUGUUACAGGCUAUUGAAUCCUGUUUGCUUACCAAUGUCUGACCUCCCCAGGCCUCUAGAUUUUUCUUCAGUGUAUUACUGCUUGAUUUUUCCUCUGACAUCCCAGAUUCUGCGAGCUGUUGUUCCCCCUGAGCUGCUUUAUGGCCCCUGUGCCCUGCCAGGGAGAGCUGAGGAGAAACUGCCCCAUCCCCAGCACAGAUCCCAGGGGAUCAUAGAAUCAUGACAGCUGGAAAAGACCUUGAGGAUCAAGCCCAGCCCCUCAGCUCACACUGCCAGGCCCAGCACUGAGCUAAACCACAGCCCUCAGCACCUCAUCUCUGUGUCUUGUAUCUCCAGGGCUGGGGACUCCCCCACCUCCCUGGGCAGCCUGUGCCAGUGCUUAAUAACCCUCUGGCUGAAAAGGUUCUUCCUCAGCUCCAAUCUCAACCUCCCCUGGGGAACUUGAGCCCAUUUCCCCAUGUCCUGUCACUCAUCACUGGAGAGAAGAGACCGACCCCCAGCUUACUGCAGCCUCCUGUCAGGGAGUGUCAGAGAGGGCUCCUGUCUCCCCUCAGCCUCCUCCAGGCUCAACACCCCCAUUCCCUCAGCCCCUCCCCAGCACCCUUGUGCUCCAGCCCCUUCCCCAGCUCUGCUGCCUGGCUCUGGCCACACUCCAGCCCCUCAGUGUCCUCCCUGUAGUGAGGAUCUGUGAGGACAGGCACCUCCAGGGGAGGGGGCAGGGGCUGCAGUGCAGAGAGGGGUGCAGCCUGCUGUUGGCAGUGCCCUGGGUGUGUGUUGGUGCUGACAGAUGAAGCUCAGGAGCCUGACGCUCAGGCUGCACAGGUGGUUUGUGUUGCCAGAGGGGGCAAAACAGCACCUUUUAUUCCUUACAGACACUGGAUCAUUGACUUUUUGGUUUAAACAAAAAGACCUCCCUAUUUUAUUAGCCAUAUGUGUUUAAGGAAGAUAUAGUGUAAUAUAUUGGAGUGGUUUAAUUUAUUUCAAAGCAGACACACACUUGGCAAAGGAGCCAGGAUUUUGAAGCCUUUGUUGCCCAGUUCAGUGCCAACAGCCAUUGCCCCCCGUGCCCACCCCUGCUGCUGUGGUUGUUGCUGUUGCUACACAACUGGAACUGUAAAACUCGAGGUUCUGCCUUUAUUGAAGCAAAUAAACUGUGGAUGUAUUCAAGAGAA